GCAAGUGGGCUCAGAGAGGCCAAGUGGCCCAAAAAGACGCUAGUGGGUGGGAAGGGGCGGCGGCCUCUGUGCCUGCAGCGCCCCUCUUGCCCCAAGGGUGUUGUCUGCCUGGCAGGGUCUGCUGCAGCUGAGGGCGGGGGAGAAGGGAGGGAGCCACGUCCAGGCGAGGGGGCUGGUGGACACAACCCCAGCAGGACCUGCUUGUCCUCCUGUGAGAGAGUGGGGAGACUCAGGCCAGCCCGCGCGGGCGGCGGCCCAGGCUGCUUGAUCUAAGCUCUGCUGACACUGCCCUGCCCUUUCGGGAGAGGGGUGGGCGCCAACUGACGCCUGGGCUGUGUGGACUGGGGACCGGGAUCUCAGACCCAGCCCCUCCCCUGGACAGGAGGAGCCAGUCGGGGAGACAGAGGGCUUGGUGGCUGGAGGGCAGGGCCAGGGUGCGGACGCAAGCUGCAGGUGCCACAGAAGUUUGCCCUGGGAGCCCCUCCUGGGCCCACGUGGCCCCAGGCUGGCACAGGACAGAGGUGUGGGGUGAGAGCAGGGAGUCCCAUCCUGAGUCAUUGCCCUCCACAGACGCAGACCAUGGCGUUGCUAACGGCUCGAUCCCUGUUGGGGUCCUGUGGGACCCCCGCCCUCAGCAGCCUCCUGUUGCUGCUCUUCAGCCUCGGAUGGGUACAGCCCUCGAGGGCCCUGGCUGGAGAGACAGGGCAGGCCCUGUGCCCCCAGGAGGCUGCGCCCCUGGACGGAGUCCUGGCCAACGCACCUAACAUUGCCAGCCUCUCGCCACGCCAACUCCUUGGCUUCCGGUGUGCGGAGGUGUCUGGCCUGAGCACGGAGCGUGUCCAGGAGCUGGCUGUGGCCUUGGGACAGAAGAACGUCAAGCUCUCAGCAGAGCAGCUGCGCUGUCUGGCUCACCGGCUCUCCGAGCCCCCCAAGGACCUGGACGCCCUCCCGUUGGACCUGCUGCUAUUCCUCAACCCAGACGCGUUCUCGGGGCCCCGGGCCUGCACCCGUUUCUUCUCCCGCGUAACGAGGGCCAACGUGGACCUGCUUCCUCGGGAGGCUCCUGAGCGACAGCGGCUGCUGGCUGCGGCUCUGGCCUGCCGGGGCGUGCGGGGGUCUCUGCUGAGCGAGGCUGAUGUGCAGGCUCUGGGAGGCCUGGCUUGCGACCUGCCUGGGCGCUUUGUGGCUGAGUCGGCAGAAGUGGUGCUACCCCGGCUGGCGCGCUGCCUGGGACCCCUAGACCAGGACCAGCAGGAGGCAGCCAGGGCGGCUCUGCAGGGCGGAGGACCCCCCUACGGCCCGCCGUCGACGUGGUCUGUCUCCACCCUGGACGCUCUGCAGGGCCUGCUGCCCGUGCUGGGCCGGCCCAUCAUCCGCAGCAUCCCGCAGGGCAUGGUGGCCGCGUGGCGGCAACGCUCCUCUUGGGACCCAUCCUGGCGGCAGCCUGAACAGACUGUCCUUCGGCCGAGGUUCCGGCGGGACGUAGAGAGGACAGCCUGUCCCCCAGGCAAGGAGGCCCACGAGAUAAACGAGAACCUCAUCUUCUACAAGAAGUGGGAGCUGGAAGCCUGCGUGGAUGCAGCCCUGCUGGCCGCCCAGAUGGACCACGUGAACGCCAUCCCCUUCACCUACGAGCAGCUGGAUGUCCUGAAGCAUAAACUGGAUGAGCUCUACCCACAAGGUUACCCCGAGUCUGUGAUCCAGCACCUGGACCACCUCUUCCUUAAGAUGAGCCCUGAGGACAUUCGCAAGUGGAAUGUGACGUCCCUGGAGACCCUGAAGGCAUUGCUUGAAGUCAGCAAAGGGCACAAAAUGAGUGCUCAGGUGGCCACCGUGAUUGACCGCUUUGUGAUGGGAAGGGGCCAGCUAGACAAAGACACCCUAGACACCCUGCCCGCCUUCUACCCCGGGUACCUAUGCUCCCUCAGCCCUGAGCAGCUGAGCUCCGUGCCCCCCAGCAUCAUCUGGGCGAUCAGGCCCCAGGACCUGGACACGUGUGGCCCGAGGCAGCUGGACGUCCUCUAUCCCAAGGCCCGCCUUGCUUUCCAGAACAUGAAUGGGUCGGAAUACUUCGUGAAGAUCCAGUCCUUCCUGGGUGGGGCCCCCACGGAGGAUUUGAAGGCUCUCAGUCAGCAGAAUGCGAGCAUGGACUUGGCCACGUUCAUGAAGCUGCGGACAGAUGCGGUGCUGCCGUUGACCGUGGCUGAGGUGCAGAAGCUUCUGGGACCCCACGUGGAGGGCCUGAAGGCGGAGGAGCGGCACAGCCCUGUGCGGGACUGGAUCCUAGGGCAGCGGCAGGACGACCUGGACGCGCUGGGGCUGGGGCUACAGGGCGGCAUCCCCAACGGCUACCUGGUCCUAGACGUCAGCGUGCGAGAGGCCCUCUCGGGGACGCCCUGCCUCCUAGGACCUGCACCUGUUCUCACCGUCCUGGCCCUGCUCCUGGCCUCCACCCUGGCCUGAGGGCCCCACUCCCUUGCUGGCCCCAGCCCUGCUGGGGAUCCCCGCCUGGCCAGGAGCAGGCAUGGGUGGUGCCUGUUCCACCCCAAGAGAACUCGUGCUCAGUAAACGGGAACAUGCCCCCUGCAGACA